AUAUUCAUCUCAAUCAAAUCAAUGAUUAAAUUUGUUCAAAUCGUUAGAAAUAUAAAGAUUGAAAUGAAUACGGUGUCCACAGUGAUUCUUGUAGUCGAUGCAGACCGAACGACACACCGGCUUGGCACGUCCGGCAUUGGUACACGCCACACAGCCUCGCGAACACGUGAAGAACGCGCGCGUGUGGAAACAGUCGAUGUCACGGUCACUCGUUGGGUUGUCGAUGUAGUGCGCUUUCAUCAGGUUGUCCGCAUCGAGACAGGCACGCAUCGACAUGAUACUCGAGGCAUUCGACGAAAGACCGCAGAACUUGAGGUUGGGCGGCACCUGCUGGCACUGAGGAGUGGGUGCCGACGUGUCGAGAGGCACGCCAUCGCGCAGUCCGUCCAACGGCUGGCUUCCGUUGCCACCUUGGUUGGCCGACGCCACGCCGCAAUCGCCGUUGUCAUACUGGCAGUUGAAUGUGUUGCACUCGUAGUCGCAGUAGCCGUUGCCAAGCAUCGAGAGCUGGCAGCCGGGAUCGCAAGUCGAUCCGUGGAUAUUGCCUGUGUUUUGCGCGUCGCAAUCGCCACCGUCGUAGUUACACUCUUUGACGUUGCACUUUGCCAUACACCAUUUGUCGCCGACCAUGUUGAUCGGACAGCCUUUUGCACACUCCUUCUUGUCGACGCCGUAGUUACGACAGUCGCCGCCAUCGAACAGACACUCCUUCACGUAGCACGCCAUGUCACAGACGCCGUCUUUGAUGGUGGUCGGCGAGCAGCCAGGACUGCACUCGGUGCUGUUGAUAUUCAGUGGAUUGGGUGGCUUCUCGCAGUCGCCAUUGUCGUAGUUGCACGCCGCCGUUUUGCAUUCCGGAUCGCACUCGCCGUCACCAAUAUAGCCCGAGUAGCAGCCCUCCGAGCAAGUGUCUUGCGCUUCCUCCUGCUUGAAGAUGCAAUCGCCAUCGUCGAAACUACACUCGAUCACCUGACACUUGGGGUCGCACUGGCCAUUGUAGAUCAUUCCCCAGGUGCAGCCCGGCGCGCACUCGAUCGACGUGAUAUUACAAUCGCCGCCAUCAAAGAGACACUCGGUCACAUUGCAACGCGGUGUGCAAAUUCGAUCGUUGAUCAUCGCCUUCAAACAGCCAAUGGCGCACUCCUCCGGUAG